AUGACACAUUGCAGAGGUGCCCUUUUGACCGACCGUAUUUUAGCUAGUGGCCUGCUAUACGUCUCGGAGCUCAUAGAGGAGCACUCUAGAACGGCUAAAGUGAUCGGCCAGAGGGGAAUUUAUGCGAUCAUAUGCUUGCACAUUUUACUCUGGAUGUCAGAUUCACUUCCCCUUCCGCAAAUUGCCUUCUCCGUUUUCUGUCACGCUGUCUAUCUCCAAAAUUUCUCUACUUCUUGGCCAUUAAUCUCACUAUCCUCGCUCUCGUUCAUUGCAUCGUGUUUGUUGGCCAUCGCAGACCACUUCAUAUGGUUCUUUUACUUCUCUCGCGUCUCUCGGGAGACAAGGCAAUCCGUUCCUCGGUUCCGAAAUCCAAUCCCACAAACGCAAAAAGUUGCGCCCACCUUCUCGGAAAUCGCAACGUUUUUCGGCAUUUGCAUAUGGCUCGUCCCCUUGUUCUUGUUUCUAAGUUUAAGCGCAAACGACAAUGCCCUGCCGACAUCUUCAGGUAAGUGA